CGUUCUCCGGAAGAGUGCCGCAGUCUCGUUCGACGCGUGUAUCUUUGCGGUAGUGCGAUAUUAUAACGUGAUUGCUACGGCGCUUAGCCGUACUCUUGGAGAGAAGGUAAGGCAAAGAAAGAGGAAGAAGAGGAGGAGGAAAGCAGCUGUGACGAGUAUAUACCUAUGACGAGAACGCGACGGGAGAUCGGUCUAUCUAUGUGUUAAUCGGUGUAUGUGGUCUCUUUCGGAAAAAGAGCGCAUAUACUUAAAACAUAACGUUAUAUCGAAUUAAUUUCCUUUUUUUUUUUAUUGGAGACGCUGAGUGUGAGUGUUAUAAUAGAAAAAGGGUAUGUUACGUUAUUGAAAAACGAAAAAUCCUUUCGUCGUGUGCUACAUUUGCGUGUGAUCUACGACGGCGACGACGACAACAACGAGGAAGACGAAAACGACGAGGACGACGACGACGACGACGACGACGACGACGACGACGACGACGACGACGACGACGACAGGGACGAAAGGUGGCGGCGUCGGCGGCGGCGGUAGAAGAAAAUGCAGGCACGAUACGUCGUCGCAGUAUUGACCAGCCUAUUGGCGAUCACACACGAAGCACCACAGGACGUACGUCGAAAGGAUGCCGAAGAUCAUCCACGGGAGGCAUAUUUCAAUGGAUCAGCUUUUCUGAAGUUAAAUUCCUUCGUGUCCGUGCACAGGCAUAGCGGCUUGAGUUUUCGAACCUGCGAAGGUGGGAGGCUCUUUGUUCAAAGGUACAAAGACGACUCCAUAAGUCUCGAGGUCACGCACGAUGGACUUCUCUUCGUUGCAAUCGUAGAUCAGCAAGUCCACGAAGCAAGACUCAACGCUAGAUUACUAAACAAUGCCUGGCAUAAUGUCAAUCUCUUCUUCAGACUUGGAAAUCUUACUUUGAGUACAGCUGGUCAUACGCAGGUUAUCGCAAAUGCCACAUACAAUGCUGCAAUUUUAACUCUGCCGGAUUACAACGUUAACGAUUCGCUGAUAGUCGGUGAAAGUUUUCGAGGAUGCAUUCUUCAGGGUCCUGGUAUACUUUUUAACGAAUCUAUCAACAAUGGAGCUGUAUUCGGGCCUUGUCCUUCGGACAACAGAGGAUGUGGUCCAAAUGGCCUUGGAAGUGGCAUAGCAUCGGCUACAGCUUCCACCAUGGAUGUCUGCCGCAACGAACCAUGCAUGAUGCAUGGUAAAUGCGUGUCACGGCAGGACCGUUACGAGUGUCACUGUUACGCGCGAUAUUCCGGCAACAACUGUCAAAUCGAUAAUGGUUCACCGUGCUUGAAUAGUCCGUGCCGAAACGGUGGAAUCUGCAUCGAAGACAAAAAGGGUGACUUUACUUGCAACUGUCAGCCCGGAUACACAGGUGCAUCUUGCGAGUCGCAAUUGGGUGUACGACUUUGCGAGGAAAGUCCUUGCAAAAAUAACGGCAUUUGUUUGGCACUCACUGACAACGAAUACAAAUGCGAAUGCUUGCCAGGAUGGACAGGGAAAAAUUGUGAGACCAAUAUUAACGAAUGCUUGUCUUAUCCCUGCAAACACGGUGGUCGUUGCAUAGAUGGGAUCAAUAACUACACUUGCAUAUGCGAUAGAACAGGAUAUGAAGGAUCAAAUUGCCAGAUAGAUAUCGACGAAUGCCUCGCUAAACCGUGUCUUAACAAUGGCAUAUGUUACGAUAAUUACGGUGGCUAUAUAUGUCACUGUCCAGCCGGUUUCGAGGGUCAGAAUUGUGAGUUGAACCUGAACGAAUGUCUGUCGAAUCCAUGUGCUAACGGUGGCGAAUGCAUAGACGACGUUGGCUCUUAUCACUGCGUAUGCCCAGCCAGUUACACUGGCCGUCAUUGUGAUUCGAGAAGUGUCUGUGAAAUUGAUUCAUGUCCAUCAAACAGUAUCUGCAUCAGGGAUUCUCACGGAGAACAGUGCGUUUGCAAUCCUGGAUAUAUGGGGAUUCCACCAAACUGUACUAUCAACUAUUGUGCCAGUAAUCCUUGCAUUAAUGGCGGUACCUGUACCAGUAACAGAGACGGAUAUAAUUGCACCUGUACACCCGAAUGGAAAGGUGCAACGUGUUCGACAUCAGUUUCGGAUUGGUGCACGAUAUGUCACAAUGGUGGUACAUGCAUUGAAACAGUCUUUGGCAUCAUGUGCCAAUGUCCACGAUUUUGGACGGGAACGCAGUGCAAGGAACAGAUUACAUGUCGUAAUCUACCUUGCAAACAGGCUUCCGCUUGCCACGAUUAUCCUGGAGGCUAUUAUUGCACCUGCGAACCAGGAUGGACAGGACCAGAGUGUUCCAUUGACAUGGAUGAAUGCUCUAGCGAUCCUUGCCGAAAUGGUGGUAUAUGCAUCGAUCAACUCAACAGUUAUUACUGCCAAUGUUUGGCUGGUUACACUGGAAAGAACUGUCAGAUCAACGUGGACGAAUGUCUCUCUCAACCAUGCCAAAAUGGUGGCACAUGCAUCGAUCGUAUUAACGAAUACACGUGUAAUUGUACGAAAGAUUUCAUGGGCCAGAAUUGUGAACGAGAAUUCGAUGCUUGUUCCUUGAAUCCAUGUCAAAAUAAUGGAAGUUGUACUCUUAUAUCAAGAUCAAGACGAGAUUUCGUUUGCGAAUGCCCAAGAGGAUUCGAAGGUAAAAUUUGCGACGUAAACGUUGAUGAUUGCGUGGACGUGAUAUGUCCAGAUGAUAAGAUAUGCGUCGACGGUAUCGCCAGUUAUGAGUGCAAAUGCCGCGAAGGAUACAGAGAUCCAAAUUGUACCCUUAUCGUUUAUCAUUGCGCCGGAAAGCCGUGUAACAAUGGUACCUGCAUUGAUUUAGGUGACGACGGAUUCGAAUGCAAAUGUCAUCCUGGUUUUCAAGGUUUAUUCUGUGAUCAGGACGUCAAUGAAUGCGAGACUCAAGGUAACUCCUUGUGUAACAAUGGCAUAUGCUUGAACACCGAAGGAAGUUACAAAUGUUUCUGCAUACCUGGCUUCUCCGGUGAUCAUUGUGACAUCGAUAUUGACGAGUGUCUUGGCGGACCCUGUUUGAAUAACGCCACUUGCAUCGAUCGAAUCAAUACGUUCGAAUGUAAAUGUCCACCUGGUUAUGCCGGGAAGAUAUGCGACACCGAUGUUAACGAAUGCGAGAGUGAUCCUUGCUUGAAUGGUGCGACCUGCAUAGACGAAGUCGCAGCUUACACUUGUAAUUGCGCACCUGGAUUCCGUGGAACUAAUUGCGAGAUUAAUAUUGACGAUUGCGAGCCACUGCCAUGUUACAAUUACGGUAGAUGCAUGGAUGGUGUAAAUGAUUAUACGUGUGACUGUACCGACACUGGUUUCGAGGGUACGAGAUGUGAAAAAAACAUAGACGAUUGUUUAUCCGCCCCGUGUGUCAACGAUGCCAUUUGCAUCGACGAUAUAAAGAACUACAAAUGCCAAUGUUAUUCCGGUUACACCGGCAAAAACUGUGAAAUAGAUAUAAACGAAUGCGAAAGUUCACCCUGCCAAUUUAACGGUACUUGCCUCGAGAGAUCAAAUAAAGAAUUGUACAAAAGCGAGGCAUUUAAUUUACCCUCCAUAUUCACUCAAGAUUUCAGUUAUGCCAACGCGAGCGGAUACGAAUGUUUAUGCGUCCAAGGAGUUACGGGUAAAAAUUGCGAAAUGAACAUAAACGAGUGCGAGAGCAAUCCUUGUCAGGCUGGUAGCUGCGUCGAUCGCAUUGGUGGAUUCACUUGUGAAUGUGACGAAGGUUACGAGGGUGAUCAUUGCCAGCAUGACAUCGACGAAUGCAAAAGAUACACCCCUUGCGUCCACGGUGUCUGUACCGAUGGUAGAGCUGACUAUUUUUGCACUUGCGAACCCGAAUACGGCGGAAAAAAUUGCUCCGUUGAAUUAACAGGCUGUUUGGGUAAUGCCUGUCAGAACGGCGGUACCUGUUGGCCAUAUCUAAUCGAUGAAAAAAUUCACAAAUUCAAUUGCACCUGUCCAAACGGUUUCCACGGUGAAAUAUGUAAUUAUGUGACCACCAUGUCAUUGAGCGGCAGUUCAUAUGUUCUUGUGAACACAACUCGCGAGGAAGGAUACGAUAUUCAAUUUCGUUUUCGAACUACGCUACCAAACGGUUUGUUGGCCAUUGGAAAGGGUUUAACGUUUUACAUUCUUGAACUCGUCAAUGGCAAACUCAAUCUACAUUCGAGCCUUUUGAAUAAGUGGGAAGGCGUCUUCAUUGGUAGCGGAUUAAAUGAUUCUUCCUGGCAAAAAGUUUUCGUAGCUAUCAAUACCACACAUUUGGUUUUAUCGGCUAACGAAGAACAAACGAUAUAUCCCAUCAGUCUCAACGAAGGAUCUAACUCCAAUCACACAUCUUUCCCGAUGACGUACGUCGGUGGUACCACUAACUAUCUCCGAAGACUUACGCAUGGCCCGUCUUUCUUUAUAGGCUGUACCGAGGACGUCGUUAUUAAUGGAGAAUGGGUAUAUUCUGGGACAACAUCUAAGACGGUCUAUAUGGAAGGUAUCGAGCCUGGGUGUCCACGUGAAGCACAAUGUUCACCGAAUCCUUGUAAAAAUGGAGGCCAUUGUACCGACGGUUGGCGGGAUUUCUCUUGCAAGUGCGAACGACCGUAUUUAGGUCACACGUGCCAGUACAAUAUGACGGCUGCCACAUUUGGUUUUGAGAACAUCACUAAUGGUUACGUCACGGUUAAAGUAUCUGAUAUGGCGAGGAAAGCGGUUAGAUCGAUCGUAGAUAUUUCAAUGUUUAUACGGACGAGACAGGAUAGAGGCGACAUAUUCUAUUUAGGAUCUGAACCGGCUCCACAAAUGGACUCAAAGUCUCAGGACAAGACGUAUAUAGCGGCACAAUUAGAAGGAGGAGAAUUACUCGUUAGAAUUCAAUUUAAUGGUACCGAGGCGUAUACGGUUGGUGGUGUUAAAUUAAACGACGGAAACAACCAUCUGAUACAAGUUAUCAGGAAUGUAACGUUGGUACAAGUGAAAAUUAACGGUACCGAAUACUUUCGCAAAACCAUUAGCACUUCAGGACAAUUAAACGUUACUGUACUUUAUUUGGGCGGUUUACCGCAAGCAUCGAGAUAUAUACGACAAGUCGAUAGUCGUCAAAUGGAAAUUCAACAAGUCCCGCAAAUAAAUUUCAAAGGAAUAAUACAGGACGUACAGAUAUCUAAUGGCAACGAGAUAAUGGUCGUCGAAUUCUUCCCUUUGAAGGCAAAAGACAUACCGACACCGACGCAAUUUGGCAACGUAACCUUCGACCAUGACAAAGUUUUGGAAGGCGUAUUAUCCGACAACGUGUGUAUCAGUAAUCCCUGUAACCACAGCGGUACCUGCCACGUUACGUGGAAUGAUUUCUGGUGUCAGUGUCCACGAGGUUAUACCGGCAAAACUUGCCAAGAAAUGGAAUUUUGCCAACUCCAAGACUGUCCGGCUGGUUCUAAAUGUCAGAAUCUCGACGAUGGUUAUGAAUGUAUUGCUAAUGCGACAUUCGAUGGCGUCGGUACGACGUUCACUUACGUUUACGAUCAAAUGGAAAUGGAAGAAAGAAAUGAGUCCGACACUACUAUCGAUACUAUCCGAAUAACGUAUCGAUCGAAUACUGGUGGCACUCUGAUGCACAUGGCGCCUCGUGUAGGUGAUCAACACUUUACCGUGUCCGUUUACAAAGACGAAAUCACAGUUUCCUGGCGACUAGAUGAUCAGAAUCGUGGUAUCCUCAGUUUCGGUAAGAACGAACCCGACGGAAACUGGACGUCCAUAAUACUACGACUAAAUAACAAUUCUAUGGAGUGCACUUAUGCAAACACGAACGACGAGAACGCGCCCCAAGUUAGUCCGAAUUUCAAUUUUGCACUGUGGUACGAAUUGUUGAUCACUGGUACGGUCACUCUAGGUGGAUUAAGCAAUGCUCUCUCUAAUCGACAUACUUACGUUACUCUCGAUAAUAAUAAUCAAGCUACGAAUAGAAAAGCCAUUAAACAAAAUACUGUUGAUCUCAGCGAUUACGUUCUGACUACUACUACGCCACCUCAUCAUAUGGUAUCAGGAGAAGUAUUUAAAGGUUGCCUCGGUGAAGUAAGAAUCGGCAGCAUGUUAUUGCAUUAUUUUACUUACGAAGAGGUAUAUCAAAACGCCAACUUUACACCAUUUGAAUAUCUAUCUCUACAAAAUCAUAACUCGAGUAACAAUAUCGGUUGCCAAUUAUGCUUCGAUAUUGAUUGUAUGAAUGAUGGUCAUUGUCGUAACAAAACCAAUAGCUACGUAUGCGAUUGUCCAGCGGGCUAUGCCGAAGAUGAUUGUUCUGUCAAUAUCGACGAGUGUAUCGAUAAUAAAUGCCAAAAUAAUGCGACUUGCGUCGAUGGUAUUGCUACUUAUACCUGCAUUUGUAACAGUGGCUGGCAGGGAUGGCUAUGCGACAGCGAUAUUAACGAGUGUGUGACUCUUAGUCCGUGCCAGCAUGACGGUGUUUGCGUUAAUAAACCUGGAUCUUUUCGUUGCGAAUGUCCCGAUCAGUUUGUUGGCGAACUCUGCGAAAAUUUUCGACUGAUUACGUGUCAAAGCGAACCUUGCAAAAACGGUUCCACAUGUACGGACAUUGUAAAUUCAAAGACAGGAGAUAAUUACACUUGUACUUGUAUGACUGGUUUCGAGGGCACUCAAUGCGACUUACCCUAUUGUCAAGUUCAAAAGUGUCAAAACGGCGGCACGUGUGACCUCCUACGUCAGGCCCCUCAAUGUAUGUGCCUGGUUGGUUACACGGGACUUUACUGUGAAAUAAAUAUAGACGAUUGUGCACCAGACGCGGAUGGUAACGUGCCGUGUAAAAAUGACGGUAAAUGUUACGACAAAGUGAACGAAUUUACCUGCGAUUGUUUAGACACCGGUUAUACAGGACCAGAUUGUUCUAUAGACGUGGAUGAAUGUCAAAAUCCGUUGACUGACUGUGGAUACGGGAAGUGUGAAAACUUGCUUGGUACUUAUCAAUGUAUUUGUAAUCCUGGAUACUGUGGAUAUAACUGUAGAAUGGGUGACCCUUGUAGAGAAGAUCACUGCCAAAAUGGAGGGACGUGUGAGUGCGGAAAUAAUGGUGAAUAUCAGUGUGCGUGUACGCCAGAGUAUACUGGAAAAAAUUGUACAGAGUCUGGACAGCUUGGAAGUCAAGCAUUCAAUAUCGCUAUUAUCGUAGGGCCAAUUGUUGGUUGUUUAUUUCUCAUCGCGGCAGGUUCAUUAAUAGCAUUAUUUAUGAUGGCUAGAAAGAAACGUGCCACUCGUGGUACGUACAGCCCAAGCGCUCAAGAAUUUAGUAAUCCGCGAGUGGAGAUGGAUAACGUAAUGAAACCUCCACCGGAGGAAAGACUGAUUUGAAGAGCUUAUAUGAUUUGAUAAUAAUAAGUGAUCAGAGCGUCUUACGCAAGCUAGUCUAUCGAGUGCGUAAGUCGCUAUUACAUGUACGAAACAAAUUGGAUGAUAACAAAAAAAUCUUCAAGUGGCAUAUCAUCAAACGUUCCAUUACGUUUUCUAGUCUAUGCUACUUAACUACUUUAUUGGGUCACACUAAUGCUGUAACGGUAUAAAUAUGUCGAAAUCUUUCAUAAGCUGUUAAACGAGAAAAAGAAUAUAAAAAACGAAAAGAAAAGGAAAGAAAUUACAAAGCCACUUCUCAUAGUGGUUAUAUAGAAAAAGUACAAUAGAAUACGGAAAAAAAAUAGAAAAAAAGAAAAAAGAAAAAAAGAAAAAAGAACAAAAAAGGACAAAAA